AUGCUGUGCGCGCUUCUUCUCGCCGCCACGGCCUUGCUAGGCCUCGCCUCCGCCCAAGUCCUUACCAGCUGCAACCCCAUGGAGCGCGACUGUCCGGCAGACCCAGCAUUCGGCACCGACCAUCUCUUCUUCUUCAACUCCACCCCUGACAACGCCUUGUGGGAAACUACGGCUGGAAUCGUGACGUACGACGCCCAGUCGGGCGCUGCCUUCACCAUCAACAAGCAGGGCGACUCGCCCACCCUCCGCACCAAGUUCUACUUUUUCUUUGGCCGGACCGAAAUAUGGCUCAAGGUUGCGCCUGGCCAGGGCAUUGUUAGCUCCAUGAUGUGGCUCAGCGACGACCUCGACGAGGUGGACUGGGAGUUUCUAGGCUCCAACAAGACUUUUGCGACUACAAACUACUUUGGCAAGGGCCUCCAGGACUACAAGAACGGCGGCUCGCACCCCAUGACUGGCAUGCAGGACGAUUUCCACAACUACACGACCGUCUGGACCAAGGACUCGAUCGGGUGGUACAUUGACGGCGCCCAGGUACGUGUUCUGCAGGCCAAGGAUGCCAACAACACCCAAAACUAUCCGCAGACCCCGAUGCGCAUGAGCGUUGGCAUCUGGGCUGGCGGCGACCCCUCGUUGCCUGAAGGCACCCGCAAGUGGGCUGGCGGCGAUACCGACUACGCCAAGGGCCCUUACACCAUGCAUCUGAAGAGCGCCCAGGUCACCGACUUUAGCAGUGGCCAGGAGUAUACCUACGGCGACCGUUCCGGCAGCUGGCAGAGCAUCAAGUCCACCCCGGGCAACUCCACGGCGCUCGACGCCUUAAACAAGCAGCCAGAAAAAUCCCUCGGCGACAAGUGGAACGACCUACCCUCCAGGUCCAAGGCUGCCGUUUACGGCGGUGCUGGCGCCGUGGGCGCCCUGGCCUUUGGCGCGCUCCUGUGGUUCUACAUCCGCCAGCGCCGUAUAGGAGCCGCCGAGGCCAGGGCGGCUGCCGAGCGCGAGGAAAAGGAGAGGCGCGAGAACGAGCUGCUGAACAAGAACGGCAUCGACCCGGACGGCUUCGCCGAAUACGGGCACGAGUACGACGCCCGCAAGCUUCGCGCCCAAGGCCUCAGCGACGGCAACUCGUACCACGUCCCGGAGUCUAACCCGUCUGACCCCUUCAGCGGACCCUUUGACGAGAGCUCGCGGCUUGGGAGCAGUGCCAGCAACGUGAGUGGAAUGGUGGGGGCCGCCGCCCUGCGAAGCCAGCCCGGUCGAACCGCCAGCCCUGCCCCCUCGCAACACCACCACGGCUUCGAUUUCGGCGUUCCUCCCAGCCCCGGGCACCCGCCUCGGCGCUCUCAGCCGACCAUGUUGCGCUCUCAAAGCCCGACGAUUUCGCCCCCCGGAUCCCCGAACCAGUACCAGAUGCACCAGCUGCGCAGCGGCUCGGCGCCAAACGCCUACUCACGGGUGGCGUCUCCCGGCCUGGGGCCGCAAAGUCCGACGAACAACGGCCCACAAAGAAACUUUACCGACAGCCAACAACGGGGAGGCUACGGAUACAACGGGACGGCACCCCCGCGGAGAAACUAG